AUGUCAAGGAUCAGCCCUGUCAUUCACUCAUCUUUUGAUUUCGUUCAAACUGGCUAUCGGUUUGAUGUUUUGCAUCAUCAUCUCACUCUCUCUGUCCUUCAAGAUGACUACAAGUGCUGGCGUCGCGCUUUCUUUGUCAUUUUUGCUGACUUCGUUCACGCGUUUCCGAGGGCAUGGCGGGACUUGCUUUUGGUUGAGGCUCGGCACACUGCAGGUAUUCGAGAUGGGGCCUUCGCUUUACUAGCUUCGGUCAUGAAGUGCGACUUCUGGCGAAUUGCGCUAAGUGGCGAGUCUGUUGCCACAGUAGCUGAUGGUGUUCCGGAAGGGAGCAAGUACGGACCGCCCUGCUUCAACUUCUUGCCAAACACGCUUGUUCGCAGAAUGCGUGAAGCUCGUUGUGGUCUUGCGACAAGCGCUUGGGUUCCUAAGGCCUGGGCCUCUCACACCUGGUCAGGCUCCGGGAGUCCUGACUUGCGCAAGGCACAAAGCAUUGCAGACGAUAUUGCCUCUGGCCGACAGCUGCCCCGUGUAGCUGACCUGGCUCGCAAUUCUGAUCUUGAAGCAACUUGUGCACGUGCUUUAGACUUGCUAGACAAUGACAGGAUACCCGUUUUGCUGCAUGCCGAUGAUCCCCUCAUUUUGGCGUCCAGCCGAGGAGAAGCGCUUAGGACCCUUGGAGUCAUUGCUGCUUGGGCUUGGGACGUCAAGGUUUCUCUCCAUUUGGGGCCAUCCAAGACUGUAGUGCAGCAGUGGAGACCAGGCUUGCAGCAAUCUGAGACAGUAAUUCAUCCUUUGCUUUUUCCUCAGCAUGCCCCUCUGCUUCCUGCCCCGCUUGAGGGCGUGCAGGUUCACAAAUGGCUCGGACUUAAAUGGGCAGUGUGUGGUGAGUGGAUGUCUCAUGUCACUCCACUUCUGGCACAGUGCUCUGCCACAGUGGACAUGUUGUGUACGUUGUUGACUUCGCAGCGGAUCCCACUAGCCUUUGCCGUGCUUGUCUUUGACCAGAAGGUUGAGUCGGUCCUUCGGUUUGGUAGGUGGUUGUGGGGUUUAGAUGAAGCAGCACAGAGCGCGCUCAGACUCGCCUACGAGCGCUGGUCUCGGAAACUUACAGGAGCAAGCAAGUGGCGCAAUGCUGCUGUGUGCUUCAGCGAGCUUGGGUGGACUUUUGGUACUCAAGCUCGUGUAGUUUUAGAAGUCGCUCUGGUGAGGGCCACGCUGUGGCAACAGGGUGACGAAACACUUGCCGGCCUGACUUUCACCCGCGGACUCACGUCAAAGGCAGCAAACUGGCCUGUCAGAUCCUUGGCGCUGCUUCGUGAGCAUCACAUCUUGGACUGGCCUGAGUGGGUAUUGUCAGGUAAGGCUGGUGGAUCCUACAAAAGUUUCGUUAAAGGUGAGCUCUUGGCCGCUGCCAAACGCACGUGGGAUGAAUCUGUCUCCUCGCACACCUCCCCCAUACCAUAUUCCCAGCUGACCUCUGGUCCAUGUAGCCAUCUACAGGAAGCACUGUCCAAUUAUGCUCCCUGGGAGACAUUGCUGGGGCAGCGUGCCUUGAUUAUGAUUAGGUGUGGCUACGUGGCACUUGGGCAUGUGAACCAGAGGCAAACCGCUGCUCGCAUUCAGGCGUGCGUUCUUUGCGGCAGGCGCUACUCGAACGUCACCGCUCAUGUCGUAUGCUCUUGCGAACGCUUGGCAGAAUUGAGGGAGGUCUGUCUACGCCUUGGCGCUGACUUUUCCUCUCUGAAAAUUCUGGCCAUUCCCCCAUCUCAUCCGGCAUAUUCGGAAGUAGUGAGGCUUGCCAUUGAGAUUCUGCGAAAUGCGCAGAACUUCUGGAAGACAGCUUAUGUGCCGAAAUCUGUACGAACUAUCCGAAAGGCAGACAUGCUGUCACAGUGCCACUGCUCCAUUACCAAUACGCACCUAGCCUUGACUCUGGAUGUGUUUAACGGCUCGGAGCAGACAAGGAGCAGAACGCAUCAGAAUGCGGUGCCGCUGCCGUCCCAGCGCAUGGGGGCAUGCGGCUGGGAGCAUGCGCUUCAGCAAGACUCAGCGGUGUGA